ACUCUUUCUUUCACACAUCAUACACUUCCCCCAUUAUUCACGUUUCAAGACCUCUGUUUUAGUUUGCAAAAGUAAUUUCUCGUGCUCAAAAAGUUCAACAAUUGAUAUGCCAACUUGUUUAAUCUGCAACUAAAGAUUUAUUGGCUUCCCCCACCUCCACUAUUUAUCUCUUGUGGUUUUGCCCUACCAUCCAUUUUUUGUAUAUUUUCCAAACCCUUGCCCCUCGAGGGUUUAUGCUUCUCCGGUGGCAUAUAAAAAGAUAUUUGUAUCUAUUACCCCAAUCCCCUCUGAGAAAUCAAUCUUCUCCCCCUCACCUUAUCCCUCUUCUUCUAUCCUCUCUUUCUCUCAUGCUCUCCUCUUAAAAAUCCAAUCUUUGGGUUUCUUCAAGGUAAGGUAGAGAGAGAGAGAGAGAGAGAGAGAGAGAGAGAGAGAUGGAAGCAGUUCUACAAACAAAAGGGCUUCUCUCUCUUCCUUCAAAACCCAACCCUAGGGCUUUCAACCUUCUUCCAUCACAGGGGCUCAGGCAUAGAUUCAUCACUCCCUUGAAAGCCAAACCCCUUGAUGGGUUAUCUCUAUCUCUCAAUGGGUUGUCAAGGUUCCAUGGUUUUGCAACAAACCCUCAUGGGGUUUUCCAAAAGAAUAGAACUUUUCAUAUUUGCAGGGCUGAGGCGGCAGCAGCAGCUGAUGGGCAGCCACUAUUUGGAGAACCAGAGUCCCCCAAGUUUAUGGGUAUUGAAAUUGUGACCCUAAAAAAGAUUAUUCCUCUUGGGUUGAUGUUCUUUUGCAUUCUCUUCAAUUACACAAUCCUUAGAGACACCAAAGAUGUGUUGGUUGUGACAGCUAAAGGGUCUAGUGCUGAGAUUAUACCAUUUCUGAAAACUUGGGUCAACUUGCCCAUGGCUAUUGGGUUUAUGCUUUUAUACACAAAAUUGGCUAAUGUGUUGUCAAAGAAAGCUCUCUUCUACACAGUUAUUCUCCCAUUUAUUGCCUUUUUUGGGGCUUUUGGGUUUGUUCUGUAUCCCCUUAGCCAUUAUUUCCACCCUACAGCUUUUACUGAUAAGCUUCUAGCCACCCUUGGUCCCAGAUUCCUUGGUCCACUUGCAAUUAUUAGGAUCUGGAGUUUCUGUCUGUUCUAUGUGAUGGCUGAGCUCUGGGGUAGCGUGGUGGUUUCAGUGCUGUUUUGGGGAUUUGCCAAUCAGAUUACCACAGUUGAGGAAGCUAAAAAAUUCUACCCACUUUUCGGGCUUGGUGCCAAUGUUGCCCUUAUUUUCUCAGGUCGAACUGUGAAGUACUUCUCUAGUUUAAGACAAUCUUUGGGUCCUGGAGUUGAUGGUUGGGCUAUGUCCUUAAAAGCAAUGAUGAGCAUUGUCGUGGGUAUGGGGUUCGCAAUCUGUUUUCUGUAUUGGUGGGUGAAUAAGUAUGUGCCUCUUCCAACCCGAAGUAAGAAGAAGAAGGAAAAACCGAAUAUGGGGACAAUGGAGAGCUUGAAGUUCUUGGUUUCAUCAAGAUACAUUAGGGAUCUUGCGACUUUGGUGGUUGCCUAUGGUAUUAGUAUUAAUCUUGUUGAGGUUACAUGGAAAUCGAAGCUCAAAGCCCAGUUUCCAAGCCCAAAUGAGUACUCUUCCUUCAUGGGUGACUUCUCAACUGCAACUGGGGUAACAACUUUCACGAUGAUGCUUCUAAGCCAAUGGAUAUUUAACAAAUAUGGUUGGGGAGUUGCAGCCAAGAUCACACCCACGGUCCUGCUUCUGACCGGAGUUGGCUUCUUUUCACUAAUAUUGUUUGGUGGUCCAGUUGCACCUGUGAUUGCAAAGUUUGGGAUGACUCCACUUCUAGCAGCCGUAUAUGUUGGUGCACUGCAAAAUAUUUUCAGCAAAAGCGCCAAGUACAGCUUGUUUGAUCCUUGCAAAGAAAUGGCCUAUAUUCCUUUAGAUGAGGAAACCAAGGUGAAAGGAAAGGCUGCCAUUGAUGUGGUCUGCAACCCACUGGGGAAGUCAGGAGGAGCUUUGAUCCAGCAAUUCAUGAUCUUAACUUUCGGGUCGCUGGCGAACUCAACCCCUUACCUUGGGGGCAUACUUUUAGUGAUUGUGCUUGCAUGGUUAGGUGCAGCCAAGUCUUUGGACACCCAAUUUACUGCUUUGCGUCAAGAGGAAGAGCUUGAGAAGGAGAUGGAACGAGCGGCCGUGAAAAUCCCAGUUUUGGCUGAGGAAAAGGAAGGUGGGAACGGAUCUUUUGUGGGUGGGCCCGCGCUGAAUCCAACUGGAGGUGACUCGACAAGCGGUUCAUCAACCUCAAGGCCUCACAAUCUUUGAAAAGAUUCAUUCAUUACUUCAAGGAACAACAGAUGCCAGAAAAAGAUGUUGAGAAGUCUUGUUAGUUGCUUUGCUGCUUGUAGGAUUUUACUUCAUUUAGACAUAAUUAGAAUCUCAUUGGUUGUAUUGGACAAAGGCAGGUAUUUCACGUCUUUUUAAUAGAAAACUGAGAUUAAAUUAUGUCCUAAAGCUUGUGUCACUUCGUUUGUUUAGUAACUUAGUUGUAAGAAUUGGAUUUUUGUUGAAUCUUAGCAUCUCUUUGAGUG